CUAGUCGACAUGCACACCGCAGCUCUCGCUCCCUUCAUUCCUACUCGUUCGCCUUGGAAAAGUCCUGACUGUCGCUUGUCCGAGUCAAUCAGAGAAUCAAUGGCACAUUGCCACGGAAGAAACCCCAGAUUAAGUGCUAUCUGACUCCAGGACUCCGUACAAAGGGCAAAAUGCGUCCCUUCUUCCCCCACCACCCGAAAAUCCCCAUUCCACGGGAUUCAAAACCCGCCCGACUAAAGCGAUAGAUCGCGACGAACCCCGCCUGAUAUCCGACAUUCAGUCCAUUCUCAUCGCUCUAGAUCCCCCUGUAUCUACUCGGUACAGCAGCCAUCGAGCCGACCGGCUGGGAUCUCGCAUUUUCCUUUCUCUGAAAUCCCUUGCCAUACUCUCCAAAAUUCCAUCAACCUCAUCUUGAGAACUGGUAUCAUUCGGUCAUCAAGAUGGCGCCAAUAGAGACGGAUUUUGACGCCCUUAUCGUCGGGGCGGGCUUCGGCGGUAUCUACCAGCUGUAUCGGCUGAGGGAGCUGGGCUUAUCAUGUAAGGUGAUCGAUAUGGCCAGCGAUGUGGGUGGUACUUGGUAUUGGAAUCGUUAUCCUGGCGCAAUGAGCGACACGGAGAGCUUCGUCUAUCGAUUCUCGUGGGAUAAAGAGGACUUGCAAACUUACCCGUGGACACAUCACUACGUCAAACAGCCUGAUGUUCUGGCAUACCUGGAACAUGUGGUCGAGCGGCAUAACCUUCGAAAGGAUAUGCAAUUCAACACCGAACUCCUCUCCGCCGUCUGGGACGAUACCUCCAAAUACUGGCAAAUUGAAUUGAGCACUGGACAGAGCCUCAAAGUACGAUAUCUCGUCACCGCAUUGGGCUUGCUGUCGAAGGCCAACUACCCGGACAUCCCUGGCAUCGACAGUUUCCAGGGCCAGAAGGUGCACACGGCGAAAUGGCCCCAGGGACUUGACCUGACUGGUAAGCGUGUGGGCAUUAUCGGCUGCGGCUCGACAGGAGUGCAGGUCAUCACCGACAUAGCCUCACGCGUCAAGUCUCUGACCUGCUUCCAGCGCCAUCCUCAGUACAGCGUCCCCAGCGGCGAUCGACCAGUCGACCCUAACUACCGCAAGUGGGUGAAUGCGAAUUACGACGCCAUUUUUAACCAGGUGAGAAACUCGGCCGUGGGCUUUGGGUUUGUCGAGUCCGAGAAGCCAUUCAAGUCCGUGGCGUCCGCGGAGGAGCGUGAAAGCAUCUUCGAAACCCUAUGGGAGGCCGGUAACGGCUUCCGCUUCAUGUUCGGCGGGUUCAACGACAUCGCCACGGACCGAGAAGCCAACGAGGCUGCGUGCGAAUUCAUCCGCAAGAAGAUCCGCCAAAUCGUCAAGGACCCCGAGAAGGCCCGCAAGCUGCAGCCGCACGACUACUACGCGCGGCGCCCGCUCUGCGACGGCGGCUACUUUGAGCAGUUCAACCGCGACAACGUGGACGUCGUGAACCUACAGGAGACCCCCAUCACGCGCAUCACCGAGCGGGGCGUGCAGACCAGCGACGGCAAGCUGUACGAGCUCGACGUGCUCAUCUUCGCCACGGGCUUCGACGCCAUCGAGGGCAACUACAACCGCAUCCGCAUCCGCGGCCGCGACGGCCUCACCCUCAAGGACUACUGGGAACCAACCGGCCCGACGAGCUACUUGGGCGUCUCGGUGCCUCAUUUCCCCAACCUGCUGAUGAUCACAGGUCCCCAGGGGCCCUUCACAAACCUCCCCCCCGCGCUCGAAGCUCACGUCGACCUCAUCUCGCGCUUGAUCGCGCGUGCCGAGGAGCUCCGCAAGUCCAGCCCCGAUGCUGCUCCCGUGCCCGUCGUCGAAGUGACGCCCGAGGCCGAGAAGGAGUGGUGUCUCGAGUGUGAGCGCGUCGCCGAGGGCAGUCUGUUCAAGGAAACGGCUAGUUGGAUCUUUGGCCAGAAUGUGCCGGGCAAGAAAUACGCCUUGCGCUUCUUCUUUGGCGGCUUGAAGGCAUUUUACGAGCAUGUGCAGAGAGUCAUUGACAACGGCUAUGUUGGAUUCAAGGGCUUGGGAAACAAGACAGACGAGCCGGUGACGGCGGCAGAAUCUAGAGCGGUGACGGCACGCCUUUAA